AUGGCGCCCCCAGCAGCAGACACAGACUUGUACUCGCACACGAGCUCGGGCCCAAUCCCCAUCACCAAAGUCAACGCCCAGAGCACCCUCAAGGAGCCGCUCAAGUACACGGGGUCGUUGGACCAGUACAAGUCCUUCGACGUCACCAAGGUUAUCGGCAGGGAAUUUCCGGACCUGCAACUCAGCCAGAUCCUGCACGACGACGCAAAGAUCCGGGACUUGGCCAUCACGGUGUCCCAGCGUGGUGUGGUCUUCUUCCGUAACCAGGACCUCAACAUCGACGACCAGAAGAUCUUGGGCCAGAAACUCGGUGAGCUCACGGGAAAGCCUGAGACGUCCAAGCUCCAUCGUCAUGCUCUGAGCAAUAGCAAGCGAGGCAUCGCCGUGGACGAGAACGGGAAACUGGACGACGAAGUGUCGGUCAUUUCUUCCGAACAAAACCGCAAGUUCUACAAGGACCGCUUCUCCUCGCAGUCCAAGGUGCUGGCCAGCCAAGGAUGGCACGCCGAUAUCACCUUCGAGCGCAUCCCGUCCGACUACGCCAUCCUCAAGAUCAUCAAGAAGCCCGAAGACGCUGGCGGCGACACGCUGUGGGCGUCGGGCUACGAGCUGUACGACCGGCUGUCGCCGGAGUUCCAGAAGCUGGCCGAGCGGUUGACGGCGACGCACCACCAGCCCAACUUCGUCAAGGUCGCGAAGGAGUUUGGCGAGGACCUGAUCGAGCAGGACCGGGGCGCGCCUGAGAACACGGGCAUCGACUUUACCGCGUCGCACCCUGUCGUGCGCACCAACCCAGUGACGGGAUGGAAAUCCCUCUUCGGGGCGGGCCACCAGAUCGAGCACGGGUGGAUCGACGGCGUCACGCCGCGCGAAAGCGACAUCCUCAAGGCCUACUUCCUGCAGCUGAUCACCGACAACCACGACCUGCAGGUGCGCUUCCGCUGGAACGAGAACGACCUGGCCAUCUGGGACAACCGCUCCGUCUUCCACACCGCCACCAACGACUACGACGGCAAGCGCCAGGGCAACCGCGUCGUCUCGCUCGGCGAACGGCCGUACUUUGACCCGCACUCGGUGUCGCGGCGGACGGCCCUGGGGGCGUGA